AUGUACGUGAAGAUCGUGGGGCGGGAAGUGCCUUUCCCUCUCGUGCUCGUGGGCAACUCCGUGGGCCCGCGGGUGGUGGUGGAUCCGCCCAGCCUGGACUUUGGCGGCGUGAAGUGCUUGGAGCCGGUGACCAGGCACGUUCGCCUCACCAACUUCUCCUGCAUCGAUGCCUCUGUGCGUGCCUUCAUGAACGAGCGGAAGUCCUUGUGGUCAGUGCACCCCAAGGUCAUUCACCUGUCGCCACAGGAGCACGCUUCAACUGGCACUCACCGUGCGAAUGGACGAGACCUGCCAAGCCGUGGACACGUUGAACCUCAUCGUCAGCGAGGGGGAUGA